AUGUUAUCUAUAAAUACGAUGGUGGAAGUAGAUGAUUUACAAUAGCUCAUACCAACAGAAAAAAAGAGACAUAUUAAGAGUGGGUUUUUGAAUUACGAAGAAACUAUAAAAAAAGGCGGUCACUUCAUGUAAUCAAUCUCUUGUGAACAAUUCCAUCCUUAUCAAACUUUUUCUUGGGAUUCAAAAUCUGAGGUUCCAGAGGUCUUUUAGUUGAACAAACCAUAAGAGCAAUAAAAUUUAUUGGGAUCCAUGACACAUUUAUAACCAUCAAAUAAGCCAUUUGACUUAAACUUUGAAAUUCCAAGAUUGAGUGAGCAUAUGUCUAUUUCAUCAUUUUUGACUCAUAGACCAUUAGCAGAGUCGAAAUUGAUACCAACUCCAUAAUAGACUCAAGAAAGUGAAGCAAGUACUUCAAAAGAAUUGAGCUUUUUUGAACUUUUAUAAGGUACAAAUGUAAAAAGGCCAAAAUAUUGGGAAGAUUUAUGUAUGUAUAUCUAAAAUGUAGGUGACGAUUCAAUGAAUAGUCAAGCAGUUGAGUUAUAACCUAUUUAAAUUAAGUAGAAAUUCGAUUGCAUCUCCUAAUUGAAGUCUUAGGGAUUGGUUAUUAUAACAUAGAAAUAAUACAUAUAAUUUGUAAUCUAAAUGUUAUUAGGUUUUUAAAAUGAAUAUUUUGUUUUUGACAUUGAUCAAUUGUCUUACAUCUAGUAAUAAACAAUUUAUGUAGAAGAUAUGACUAGCUUAUAAUAAAUAACUUAAAAAUUCAUAGAACUUGCCAACUAUAUUCAAAGAUUGAGAUUUUAUCUAUUAACACCUUCUAAUACAAUAUUGAGAAGUAAAAUAAAUACAAUUUUAUAAUCAUUUGUUGAUGAAAUUGAAUAAAAAAUACUUCAGAUUACUAUUUUAGAUGAAGAAAUGACAAUUUUGCAUUUCUAAAUUUACAUUAAACAUUUGAAUAAGCAAAUUAAAACUAUUUUUGAUAUCUUUACAGCUGAUGAUUGUAGUUAAGUCAAUAGGGCACUUUAUGAAAGAAUAAUACAGAUAAAUUAGAGAGAUGAAUUUUUAGUCAAAGCAUUUUAUGAAUUAAAUAAUUUUCAAUUAGAUAUCUUUGCCAAAGGCAUUAACAGCCAAGAUGUAGAUUUACAAAUACCUUAACAUUUUCCUCCAUAAUUUUCAUCAACAUACGCAAAUACAGUUUAAAGUCUUGCUUUAAUUACUUAGUUAAAAGUAUUAAAAGUAUAACAUGUUGAAGAAAUUUUAACAAUUUGUUAAAUAUCUGAAUUGUAUUUGUAAUAAAAUCUUAAAUAAAAGAAUCAAUAUAUUCAAACCAUUUAUAAAUCAAAAGAAUAAAGUCUAAAAGAAAUUAUUAGAAAAUUUCAAAUAUUUGUUACUGAAAAAGAAAAAUAAGAACAAGUUAGAAGAAAGAUAGAAUUUUAGAGAAUACAAAUGUAAGUGAGGAUCUAAUAAUAGAAAUACCUUGAAUCUCAAUAAGCAAAAUAAGCAUCUUAAAAACAUCAAAAAAAUGAAUUGUUAGUUUAGAUUGAAGUCAAUAGAAUCAAUAGAAAAUAUAAUAAAUUAAUUGAAAAUUAAGAAGAAAGGAAUCUUCAAUUAGAACAAGAGCUAAAUGAAAAGAAAAAGCUACAAAAAGAAAAAGAAUAAUUGUUGAUGUAAUUAGCAGAUUUAGGUAUUAAUAUACAAGAUGCAAAAAAGAAUAACGAAAUUUCAGUUGAACUUAAUCCUACUCCUAUUUAAUUAAUCACAAAGAAAGCAGUAGAUACUCUACUUGAAGAAACUCCGAAAAUGCAAAAUCAAGAAGAGUUAUUAACAGAUGGCUUAUAAGAAUAAAUUGAAGAUAAUCAUAUUAUGGAAGAGUAAAUUGAGAAGUAGAAUGAAUCUGAGAAAAAUCCUUAAAUAAAAGUAGAAAAUUAGUAAGAAAAGUUUGAAGAAGAAUUACUAGAUAAUUGCUAAUAUUCAUUUUAAUUAUAAUUAGAAGUUUGUAUUGGGAUGCAUGCUAGACUACAUAAUCAGUUAGUGAAUAAGUCUAUUCAUUUUUUAUUAUUUGAGUAAUUGAACUUUUUGUAAUUAUGGAAUAAUAUCAAAAAGUACUAUUUUACAAGUGAUGGAGAUUUUGUUGAUUAGAACAUAUUCUAAUUAAUAGAUAAUGAAAAUAAUUUUAUUCCAAAUAAAUUGACAGAAAUAGAUAUUUUCCCAAAAUUGAAAAGCAAAAGCAAGCUUGCAAGAGAAAGACAAGGAUUUUAUGAAUGCUAAAUAUCUGAUUAACUUUAAAUAAAGAUAGAGUCAAAGGCUUAAUUGCUCAAAGCCUGCUUUACAAAUUCUAUACUCUAAUAAAUACUAAUCUUCUUUGAUUAAAUUAUUAAAUUAAGAUAUUGUUCACACAAUCUAAGGAGAAAUUGGAAGUAUAUAUAAUAUAUUAAGGAUCCUAAAAUAGCAAAUAGUUAUGGAAUGCUACGUUAUUAAAUGUAAACUUUUAUUGAUAUCUACUAAAACUAUAUAUUUUAUGAUGUUUUAGAAUCAACUUGGAACGAUUUUAAAUAGCAAUUAACAAAUGCAAAAUCAGUUGAUGAAAUCAUUAAUGUAGAGGGCAAUUAUCUAAAUAAAAUUUUAGAAACAACGUUACUGAAAUCUGACAAAAAGAUCAUCAAAGAGUCGUAUAAUCAAUGCUAAUAAAUGAUCAAUCAAUUUAUAUAAAUUUUAGAAUUUUAAUACAAUUUCGGACUCAUUUAAAAACAACCCCCAGAUAUUAGUAAACUAAGCUAAAAUUUUAAAAAAUAAUCUGACUUUUUUAGUAAAUUUAUCACCUGGCUAAAGGAUCCUACUACUUUUGAUAGGCCUGUUUGAUUUUAUUGAGAAUGGUUAUUUUUUUUUCUUAUUUGAAAGUUAUUUUAUAAAUAAUUA